UCUUUGCACAAUGAUACCAACGCUAAGAUAUGGUUGCGUCGGUGUAUCUUUGUUAAGCAUUGGAUCAAUAUCAAUAAACAGAUGGAAGAUGUGGAUAUAGAUGUUGUUACUUCUUUGAGAAGCGAAAUCGCAGCUCUGCAUUAUAAAAGAGACCAGCUUCAAAGUGACAUAGAUGAAAUGAGAACUCAGAUAUCCUCACGUGAUCAAAGAUGUCUUGAUUUGAAAAUCGAAGCUGACCAGCUUCGAGAGCACUCUGCUAGGCAAAAUGCUACAAUUUUGUCAUUGAAAAAGCAUGCUCAAGAAAUGGAAGAGAGGGAACGGAAUUUAUUAGCUACUCAAGCACGUCACGAACAUACCAUUCAAAACGCACAUAAAGAUCUGAGGUACAGCGAAGAAAAAAUUAAAGAUUUGGAAAAUAAGAUACGUAAAUUAGAAUUUGAUUUGAAUACAGAAGAACAAAGAAAGGAAAGCCUAAAAAUUCAAGUCCAAGAUUUUGUCAGAAGAUUAUCUGUAGCUUUGGGCGCUGAAUUACUAGAUUUCUCUUACAUAUCAUCAGAAUCUUUAGUACACAAAGCAGCUGAACUAAUUCAGGAAACAGCCAGAUUGAGAAACAAAAUAAGCUCGGCGCAGGAUACUUUGGGAACUGUUGAACUAGAAUUGAAAAACUGUAGAGAAAAUUUAGAACGUUCUUUGUCUGAGAAAGAAAUUCUCCAUCGCCAAUGUACUGCUCAAGUUAUAGAAAUUGACAGACUGAAACAAGAAAAACAUAAUAUUGAAAUGGAACAUCGUGUUGUAGAUAGAGAGCUCAACGAUUUGAAAACUGAGCUAUCAUCAACUAACAGGACAUUAGAUAAAGCUACUGGAACUAUUGGACAACAUGAGUCAUUGAUUUGUCAGUUGAGAGACGAUCUCACAGUUAAAGAAGAAAAAAUACAAAGACUAGUUAAUGAUCAUAAACAUAUUUUAGAUUCCAUGGCAAUACUACUAAGCACGCCAGCCCGUUUUGUGGAUUCAACAGAAACAACUAUAAAAGAGAGGAUACACGAAGUUAUGAACGACAAUAAUGAAAAAACCUCUCAAAUAGAAAGAUUGAGGGAAAAAUUAACAGUGGAAAGUCAACAAUUAUCUCGUUAUGUUUCGUUGUAUGAUCAAGCCACUGAGAAGAUUAGAUCGUUGGAAGAGGAGAAAACCCACAUGGAUGCACAGCUCCACAAAGCGGACACAGAGAUAAAUGCUUGCGAAAUUUCGAGGGAUGCUCUUAUCAGAGACAAAACUACGUUUGUUAAUUUUCUUGAACGUCUCGCAAGAGCUUUAAACAUGGAUGAAAUUUCUCAAGAUUUGGGUAUUGACUUACAUACUGAAACAUUACUAAUGAGAGCUGAACAGUUAGCAAGGUUGGAAAGUGAAAAAAUAACUGACAAGACCACGCUAAUUUAUCAACUCCAACGUAGAGUAAGAAGCCUGAGAGAACAAUUGCAAAGGAAAGAACUCCACUUGGAUUUACUUCGAAGGAAACUUUCAUUACAAGAAGAUAACACGAGAGCAAAAUGUUUGAUUCAAAAUGAAAGAGAUGAAGCCAAUCUACGAGUUAAAAAGCUGGUUAAACAAGUUGAUCGACUUCAGAUGCAACUCGCUGAAGCUAAAAGUCAAAUUAGAGAUCUCAAUGCGCAAUUAGCGGAAGCUGCUGAUUAUAAGAUAAUUUCUUUGGAAAAAGGUAGGAAGAUCGAAGAUCUUCAAAAACGUUUAAUAGAAUCCGAAACGUUGAGAAACAAAUGUAACCGUCGAGUAACUCUCUUGAAGGAUCAAGUGAGAGCUACGGGAGGGACAAUAGAAAGAGAACGAAGUAUCAACGAACAUUCCAUAAAUCUUCUUAGAGAUGAUUUAGCAAGAGUCAAAGAAACUCUUUUGGAAGUGCAAAGAAGAGAAGCACAAUUACAAAAUUUCAAACAUUCCGUGGCUAAAAUUCUUGGAGUCGGCUUACCUAUUCCGGAUUAUGAGUUGAUAUCCAGGCUGCAGAAACUUGUUGACGCACAUCAUGAUUUUACAUUAGUUUCAAGGCGUUACGAUGACCCAGUCUUAAGAUUAACUACUAGAAGUCCUACAGGAGGAAGCAGAAGCACAAGAACACCUGAUAGAUCAAGAUAUGAUGAUUCUGGAUACAUUGACGGCGUCGAUUUAGAUGUUUAAUUUUUUUGUUGAUAUCUUCAUAGGGUAAACAACAUAGUUAUUGGACGUUAAAUGAUAAUUGGAUAUUUUAAAUCUAAAUCUCAAAAUUAUUCGUUCGAACGCUUUAAAUUGAAUCAUCCAAUGCUAGAUGUCAACAGCAACAGAUUAGUUCCUGAUUACACAGCAGUACCACAGAUUCCAUCAUAAGAACAAUCACCAGCUGUUUUUAAGUCAGAAAUGAGCUCGUUACCAAAUACUUCUAACCAUUUGCAUUGUUACAAGCAUUAUGUACCUUUUUUUGAUGUUUUCUCACCUCAAUUGGACGAUCAGAAUGUUCACCAUCAUCGGUGUCUGUACAACUACGUUUAAAUUCAGCCAUCAAAUUGUGAAUCCAUCGUUUUGAAAAUAACAAAAGUUGCUUUACAUGUCUGUCAUUUUUUAGUGACUAAUCGAAAUUUUUACAUUAGAAAGUUGGUACUUCAUAAACGUCAUAUGGAUUUGACAAUGCCAGCGCCAUUCGUGUGUCAGUCACACGACUUAUUGAGAGAUGUAAUAAGUAAAUUUUCAUCAUCAACAAAAUAUUACUCCAAAGUAUUGGAUGCUGAUUAUCAACCGUUGAAAAAAAAAAAAUCGAUAUUGAAUGAAAAAUAUAAUUCAACCAAAAAAUACAAAAAUAAA